AGAGAGAGAGAGAGAGAGAGAGAGAGAGAGAGAUGAAUCGCGUUCACACCAUAGACUGUUAAUAUUAAGUCUAUGGUUCACACCUUGGAUUUCCGAAGCUGGUCUCGUCUGCUUUCAGAGCUGUUAUUCAUGGAGAUAUAGCUAGAGCAGUAGAAUCGAGGCUUAGCUACGUGUUUAUUUUUUCCUUACAGAAAUCAACAGGGUGACAGCUAACACCGCACACGACUCUCCGACGAUGUUUUCUUUUGUCUCCCAGCGGCGUUGAAGCAGCUAUAUGGGAAAAGAAAUGGACUGAUUUUCUUCUCCCUUCUCCUUACGAAGGAUUUCAAAGGCCAAAAAAAUCGGUAGCCUACAACACACGUACAGUAACUUACUGGCAUUAACGACAUGGAGUUAUAAAGUAUAGGCUACAUGGGCUUUUUUUUAUUGCAGUCUGCCGCGUACGUGCACUCAAAAACAUCCAGAGGAAACGCUGUAUACGGUAUGCCGAAACAUGAAUAAAACCAGCGAGUGGAGCUACAUGACUGAUGGAGAGACAUAGCUUGUCUGUGUGGAGGUUACCGUGGACAGAUACAAUGACCAAAGUCUGAGAUAACACAAGGAAGGAAGGAAAUAAAUAGGCUAAACCACGUUUCACAGCCAAAAUAACGGGCAUGUAACUUACGCACAUUUUUAACAAACGUGCUUUAACAAAAAUGUUAAUAGCCUACGACUCUGGCCAAUUUUUCUUUUAUGGAAUGUAAACCAAUAACUCCCGGGUAAGUUAUUGAACUGCCGUCUGGUGAAGAAACAAAAUAAUGAAAAUAGAACCCUACAAAUGGAUGAGGAGGAGUUACCAGCAGUUUGAAUCCAUGAAACCAACACGGACUGACUGUAACCUGAAUGGAUGUGCGUGAGACGAGGGGUGACUGUUUUUGUGCUUCGUCGAUGGAUUCGCAUGUCAGCACCGCCCUGCGGGGCAGCAGUGGCAGCAACUACACAGUUGACACCUCGGGUCCGAGCUUCACCAGCCAGCUGGGUACUACCUCAUCUGUUGUGCCAAGGGUUGUUUCCAUAGUGACCAGCCUAGUGACCGCCACCACUAUAGAGGCCACAUUGGGAAACACAGGAAACCUGUCGACGUUCAGAGACCAUAGAGGGAGCGAGCUCGGUCCAAUCCAUCCGGCGCCGACUCCGUCGGUGCUGAGCGCCGCCGAGAGUAAGUCUGUCCUGCAGGGCAUCACCGUGGCAACUCAGGCCCUGGUACUCCUCGCCAUCUUCCUCCUCUCCAGCCUCGGUAACUCGGCAGUCGUCGUGGUCAUCAUCAAACAUAGACAGCUUCGGACAGUGACCAAUGCUUUCAUCAUGUCGCUGUCGUUGUCCGACUUCCUCACGGCUGUGUUGUGUCUGCCGUUCUCCUUCGUCAUGCUCUUUAGCAAGGAUGGUACCUGGAUGUUCGGGGAUCGUUUCUGCGUGGCCAACGGCUUUUUCAACACCUGCUUUGGUAUCAUCUCCACCCUGACUAUGACUUUGAUCUCCUUUGACAGGUACUACGCCAUAGUCAGACAGCCGCAGGCCAAAAUAGGGCGCCAGAAAGCAACUCAGUUGUUGAUCGCUGUGUGGUUAACUGCAGUAAUUUUCUCUCUGCCUUGGUAUCUCUUAGUUCGACCACCUACAGAAAUCCAUAAGCGAGGUUUCUACCACUGUAUGUACGUGUUCCACUCCAGGACUUCACGCAUGGGGACGGCUUACAGCAUCAGCCUCAUUGUCGUAUGUUACUUACUGCCCUUCGCCCUCAUGUGUUUUUGUCAUUACAACAUCUGUAAGACAGUUCGUCUCUCUGAAAUCCGAGUCCGGCCGGUGACCACGUACGCAUACUUACUGCGAUUCUACAGUGAAAUGCGAACAGCCACCACAGUUCUGAUUAUGAUUGUUUUCAUAAUUUUUUGUUGGGGGCCUUAUUGUUUAAUGGGGUUGGUUACAGCAUUGGGGGACUACACGUUCAACCCGGCAAUGGACACAGUGGCCAUCUGGCUAGCCUGGGCAAACGGAGCCAUCAACCCUCUGAUCUACGCCCUGCGGAACCCCAAUAUAUCCAUGUUACUGGGGCGGAGCAGAGAGGAGGGCUAUCGGACCAGAAAUAUCGCCGCGUACCUCUCCAGCCAAACCCAGAACCGCGAGGUUCGGCUUAACCAAGCGGAGAGGAUCAGGGACCGCUACGUGAGUCGUGUAGGGGUGAAUAAUAACAGCCGGCUGUCAAAUUCAAGUCCUGGAAAAGGAGGAGGGGGAGGAGAGGUGGCAAUGUGGGCCUGUAAAAACCCUGCCGUGUUCUUCUGCAGGGACGCCCAGCCUGACACUGUAACACUUCCUAACUCUGUCAUUGGGCCAAAGAUGAAGACAGCGGACACCAGCCUGUGACGUUCUGGAAGAGCGCUGAACCAUCUAACGAUUGUUUUCAUCUUCUCUAAUAUGUUGUUGUGGAUCUAGAGACGAAAUACCUGAUAGUAUUCAUGUGUCUUUCAGAUCACAAUGUUUAGGAAUCAAAUCUUUUGUCAGGAAUCAAAAGGAUCAUUUACAGAACUAUGUGGGAGGACAACAAGUUAUGACGGUGAAAACUUAAUUUAAGCAGCUGUUGUACGAUAGAUGGGGUCAAAGAAAUUCCUUCCUAAUUUUGGAGGACGCCAUUAAGUCCUCUCAAGGAUCCACAGGACCACCUGACGGACCCCUGGAAACCCCUCAAUGAUUAAUGGAAGGGAAUGCAAAACAUUUCUGUAGAAAACUGUGACGAGUUUGGGCUUGUGUUAAAGGGAUACGCCACCAUU